UAUAUUUUUUUACGUUUACUUACCAAAUCAUCUGGUCGGAAGACGAUUAUCCUGUACCUUUGCUUUCCUGCCGUCUUCCACGCCCUUUUCUGUAACAGUGGGAUCAGCAAUCCAUCCUGAAACGCGUGGCUUGACACUUUGUAGGUGUUGUGCAAGAAUAUUCUCUUAAUGUUGUCGUUCGAACGAACGAUAUAUAUAUUAUAAUAUAUAAUAUAUAAUAUAUAUUAUUAUAAUUUAAUGAGUAGGCCUGAAAAGUAAAGUCAUACUUAAAUAUACAAUACAAAAUCCUUAUGAGGCUUAGUUAACUAUUAAAACUUUCUGAAAUGUCUGUAAUAUUUAAUGCGAGUGUAAAUACUAAAAGCGCUGUUGAGUAUCAGACAAUAUCAUCCACACAAAGUCAUUUAGCGGAGGAGCAGUCGGAGCGCUUGCACAAGUGGAUUUCAAAGGAUCAACUCGAGAAACUUCAUUCGGCGUUUCUUAACACUCCCGAGCGUCAUGUUGGCAUUGAUGAAUUGCGUAUCAUACUUGAAGAACUAGACAUAACGUUCAAUGAUUCAAUGUAUACACGGCUCUUUUUAAAGAUUAAUCAGAAUCGUGAUUUUAAGGUGGAUUGGAAUGAGUUUGUAUCUUAUUUAAUAUUUGGCUUUCAAGAGGAGGAUCCGAGCAGCCAAAAGGAGUCUUUAAUUUUACCAAUCUCCGAACCCCCAAUGGUUAGGAAAUCAGAACACCGUUCAGCUAUAUGUUGUUUGGCCCUCCUCAAAGCCAAAUCGGACCAAAUACCAAUUGAUGAAGUAACCGAGACUAUUAACUUUUCCUUUGGCGGUGAGGAUUCUCCAGAAGCUUCUGGUAUGUGGGUAACGGCCAGCCACGAGGGAAUGAUGCGUUUUUGGACAUCUCAUAUGGAACCAAUUCGAACUGCAUCGUCGGAAAGCAGAUUUUCCAGGCUAUUUUUGGAACCUUCCCUUUUAAACCUUCCCUAGACCUCCACGAAU